AUGUGGCAGUAUAUCAUUGCUCGCAGGGUUUGCCCUUCGGGGAACACUUCGAACUGCACGUACACCCGUGCUCUGAUGAUUGCUUGCAUACUGGAUGGCAUUCCAGUGAAUGUUGGCCAUUACAAUAUCCGGGAGCUGAAACAUAAAGAAGAUACAAUCAGAAGCACGCAAAUAGGUAAAGCACAGGACUUAUCAAUUGAGAAACAAAACCAAAAUGGCGAAAAGAAAACGAAAAAUAUGGGUUAUCAUCCAAGUUUUGUUGAUGAGGAAGGAAUUACCAAAGCUUGUGGGUGUCCUUUACUGCCUCUGAAAAGCCAUAUAAAUGAAUUUGCUUCUGAUACAGAACAAGAUACACUGUUAGAUAUCGUGGACGAAUCAAUCACAUUCUUUCGAGCAAAUAUCUUCUUUAGGAACUUUGAUAUUAAAAGCUCAACUGAUAAGCUUCUCAUCUAUUUGACUUUGUAUAUCAAUAUGGCAUUGAAGAGGCUAGAAGGCUGCAGAACUUUAGCUGAAGGGAAAAGGUCAAUAUUUAACCUUGGUUUGGAAAAUAUUGUCAUACCUGGGGAGCCAGGUUUUCCAUUUCCAGGCUUAUUUGCUUCACCAAAGUCUCAACAGGAAGCAGAGCAAUUCAGGAAUUACCUAAAGCAAUUGCGGGAGGAAACAAGUGAGAGAUUAUUAAAUGUUGCUUAUCGACCUAAUGGAACUCCAAAUAAAUGGUGGCUAGCAUUUUCCAAGAGAUCAUUUCUUAGCUUCCGAUCAAUUGUGCCUACACAGGAUAUAGAGAUUAACGCUUCUACAGAGGAAUGAUAACGUUUUUUUUAAGAGAACAAUGAUGUUUGCUAGUGAGAAUACUUCUCGAUAGAGCAUUACUUCACGUGGAUUUAACUUACAUCUUCUGGAUGUGUAACUUUUGACAGUUAGUAAUUUUACUUGUUAUGAAUAUCACUUGCCUUAUUUUCAGAUGGAUAACUUAUACAUCUGCAGUUUCAAAAUUGUUUUUACACUAAUAGUAUACAUUAGUUAAUACUCU